AUGUCUACUAAAAAACAUACAACCAAUUCUCGUGAUUCAGGAGAACCCGAAUACGAUCCUCUUUUCUCUAUUUACCCUUUAGAAGUGGUUUUGCCUCCAAAGCUACCUCUGGAUGCAAAGGUCCCUUUCUCUUAUUAUCUCGGCUUAGGCUCUCAAAAAUCAACUAAACGUGAACAUAACAAACAUGGAAGCCCACAACGUAUUACUUCUUUUUUUUAUUUUGUCGAUUUAAAUUCCUUACCAUCAUACGAUAAUGAUCCUCACCCUCGACUUAUGAGACUUAUGGAUAAACGACCAUAUCAAAGAUAG